UCUUUGUAUAUUUUCGGACUAAACCGGCUAAAACGAGUGAUCCAUUAACCCUUGACCCACUAGCUCCACCGAGUUCGGUUCCCACGAGUUGACAAACUUGCUCCGUAUUAUUAGCCCACCCCAAAAUGACACUAUCGUAGACUCCCUCCCUCCCUUCUUCACCAGAGAAGUACUGCUCUCAUUCAGCCUCGAAAUAGCUCUGACGCUCUCUCUCCCUCCAGAACAAUUACCGCAGAAGACACAAACCCCCGUACCCGAGAAACCCACCCAGCCGUCGCUCCCUCUUGGCCGGCCGCCGAUCCAAAUAAUGUCGACGCCGCUGUAACUGGGCCGUCCAACUGCAUCCGCUCCGGCGAGGUAAAUCUUCUUCUUCUUCUUCUUCUCCAUCUCGAUUUUCACUUUUACUCUCGUUUUAUCUCAAAGAAUCGCAUACAUUAUUGCCUCAGCUUUCUUUCUUUCUAAUUUUUCUUCUUUUUUUCCCGGUCGGUGGCCUUGUUACUUUCCAUUGUGGCAGAGAUUCCCCUCAUCGGAACAUUUUUGAAGCAGGUGGUGGUGGAGACUGUCUCAGACUCUCAGUCACCAUUCUCUCUUACCCCACACCCUCAAUUUCCUCCACCGCUUUCUACAAUUCUCUCUUCCACCGGGAAAUCGGAAAAUGCUGACGUGUAUUGCUCGUUCCAAGCAAGCCGGGGAUGAGCCGGACGGCUCAUCCGCCGCCACCAACGGCAACGGUUCCAACGCUAAAAACAAUCAAGCAAUCAAAUCCCUCACAUCUCAGCUCCGGGACAUGGCGCUGAAGGCAUCGGGGGCAUACAAGCACUGCGCGCCGUGCACGACAGUGCCGGCGACGACGGCACAUCAUCAGAGCCGGUUCAAGACCAACCCGGCGACGGCGGCGGAGUGGGACGCGGCGGAGUCGGAGCGGUUCCGGUGGCCGCUGAAGCGGACGGGGAGCUCGAGCUCGGCGACGCCGAGGACGUGGGGGAAAGAGAUGGAAGCGAGGCUGAAGGGGAUAUCGAGCUCGAGCGGGGAAGGGACGCCGCCGUCGGUGAGCGGGAGCGGGCGGCGCGUGGAGCCGCCGAUCGUGUUCGUGGAAGAGCGCGAGGCCAAGGAGUGGGUGGCCCAGGUGGAGCCGGGCGUUCUGAUUACCUUCGUCUCGCUCCCCAUGGGAGGCAACGAUCUCAAGCGGAUGCGCUUCAGUCGAGACAUGUUCAACAAGUGGCAAGCUCAGAAAUGGUGGGCAGAGAACCAUGACAGGGUCAUGGAACUUUACAAUGUCCAAAGGCUUAGCCGUCAAGCUUUUCCUCUUCAAACACCCCCAAGAUCCGAAGACGAGAGCUCAAAGAUGGAAUCAGCCGAGGGAAGUCCACUAACACCACCACUAAACAAAGAGCGAUUGCCGCGUAGUUUAUACCGUCCGACGGGAAUGGGAAUAGCAGGCUACUCGUCCUCGGACUCACUCGACCAUCCGAUGCAGAGCAGGCAAUACUCAGACUCUGCCAGUGGCCUCACUUCCACACCAAAGCUCUCAAGCAUUAGUGGGGCUGCUAAGACGGAAACGUCGACAUCAUCCACGGAUGCAUCCAUGAGACGAAGCAGCUCGUCGAGGGACGCUGAUCGUUCGGGUGAGUUGUCGAUCAGUAAUGCCAGUGACAUGAUGGAUAACGAAUGGGUUGAACAGGACGAACCUGGCGUGUACAUCACCAUUAGAGCCUUGCCCGGUGGAAAGCGGGAGCUGCGACGAGUCAGGUUCAGCCGUGAGAAGUUUGGAGAGAUGCAUGCGAGACUAUGGUGGGAAGAGAACCGAGGUAGAAUACACGAACAGUACUUGUAGAGUGGAGAGAAAAAGGCUGAAGCACAGAGAAUGCACGAGCGAGGUGGUCAAAUGGUAAAAUCGGUAGUUUUGGACUUGGAGGUUUCAGGUGCAAAUUUCGAUUACGAAUUUGAAGCCUAUUAGAGAAAUAUAUAUAUCACUGUCUGAAUAUCAGCACCUCAGCUGAUAGAAAGAAUUUUGCCUACUCAGAUCCGUCUGAAAAGAGGUUAUUCCUGUUUGUCCCUCUUCACCUCAUGACAUUGAUCUCUUUCUUUUUUUCCUUUAUUGGGCUCAAUUGCUCAAAUGUUUAUAUGGGUCAACGUGUUGAUCGAGAUGAAAGGUCAACGUUUUUCUUUUGAUUAUGUAAUGUUAAAUGUUUUUUCUACUGUUAUAAAUGUUGAGGGGUGGGUCACUGCCACUGGUAAUGGGUAAUGGCGAAUAAUUAUCAAUGAAAGAAGUUGAUGACAUGUUUUUUUUUUCUCAAAAUACACACGAUUUAAUUUUUAUUUAUUCUAAAUACAGACAUGUUAUGGAAAAUUUUCAAUCUACACAUGUUUGGGCAUCACUGCAGCGGUUGCACGCGGUGAACAUGUUCGCCGCGGCAGACCAAAGCGAUGAAGGCCUGAUCUGCACCGAAACUUUAAACGAAGGUAAUUUUGCGCUCGGUUAUCCGAUCGUAGCGAUUUUUUUAUUCAGCAUAAGUCUUGAGAUCUUUCACGAGAAAAAGUCGUUUGCUACCCUGAAUGAGUAAUUUUUCAAUUUCGUCAAAUUUUGGAUGGCUAUAACUUUGUGCUCCGCAAUUCGAAAGUUAUGUAGUUUUAUUUAUUUCACAUAGCUUUUUAAGGACUACAACUUUUAUCAUGGACAUAAUUUCGGAAUGUAUGUGGAGUUGUGAAAAGUAAAGACAAAGUUAUUCCCAAAACCCCGUAUAUCCAAAAAUAUUUCUUGUUUUGAAAAUUUCUUCCUACUAAAAGUUGUAGUCCUUAAAAAGUUAUGCGAAAAAAAAAAUCAUGACGCAUGGAUUGCAGAGCACAAAGUUAUGGUCGUCCAAAUUUUGACGAAAUCGAAAAAUUGCUCGUUCGGGGUAGAAAAUAAUUUUUUUCCAGGACAAAGUCGGGACCAAAUCGCCUCCGGCCGUUUGCGGCUUGAAAGAUCUCUAAAAAUUAUGAUAAAUAAUUUUUUUUGCUACGAUCGGAUAACCGAACGUAAAGUUACAUUCGUUUAAAAUUUCAGCGCAGGUCAGGCCUUCACCACUUUAGUAUGCCAGGGUGAACAUGUUUCUUGGAAGGGAAGAAAAUGAAUUGGGAAAAGGAUAAGGAGAGAGAGGCUAAAGUCUAGAGUGAAAAGGAAAUAGAUUUAGUUGUGUAACUCUAUAAAGAGUGGAUUUGUCU